CUUCCCACCACAAUUCCCACCCUCCUCUGGUCCCCAGCCUCCAAGGCUCUCACCCUCUCCUCCUACCCUCCCCCAACCCCAACUCCCUCCCAACACCUCAUCGAACUCCACAGCACCGGCCUCACCCGUGGCGAACUCACCUGGCCCGAACCCAACUCGUGCCCCCACCCCAUCCCAGGCCGGGACUUCGCCGGCAUCAUCGUCGGCUCUCCACCCACCCCUUCCCCUCGCCCCUUCCGCCCCGGCGAUCGCGUCUAUGCCCUCACGUCCUUCUACCGACCUGGGCACGCCCGCACAUACAGCGUCGCGGAGACGACCGAGCUGGCGCGCAUGCCGGCGACCCUUGACUUUCACGAAGCGGCGGCGGUGCCGAUGAGCGCACUGAGUGCGUGGCAAGGGCUUUUUACGAAGGGGGGGCUAACGGCGGAGGAAAGGAGCGGGGAGAAUGAGGGUAAAAGCGUACUGAUUACGGGGGCGAGUGGGCCGGUGGGGUUGUGGGCGCUGCAGCUGGCGAGAUGGUCAGGGGUAAGGAGCGUUGCGGUGGUGCGGACGGGGAAGGAGGGGUUGGUGAGCGAGUUGGGGGCAGAUGAAGUGGUGGUGUAUGAGGAGGGGGGGUUAAGGGAGUGGGGAGAGGGGAAAGUGGGGGUGGAGGUGGUGUUCGACUGUGCGGGUGGGAAGCUAUUGAAGGAGGCGUGGACAGUUGCGAAAUCAGGAGGGAAGGUGGUUGGUAUAGCGGAGCCGCCGAAGGACCAUUGUCCGACGGACGGAGUUAAAGAGGAUGUUAAGGGAGAAUGGUUCAUUGUGGACCAAGAUGGAGUGAUGUUGGAGAAGAUCACGGAUUUGAUCGACGCCGGGAAAGUGAAGCCGGUGGUGGAUAGCGUGUGGAAGCUGGAGGAAUGGGGGAAAGCAUUUGACAAAGUCGAGACCGGGCAUCCACUUGGGCGGGUUGUCGUACAAGUG